GAGCGUCUGCUGGCCCGUCAUUUCCUCAGAAUAGUGCGCUUGCGUACAGGCUAAUCCAGGAAACCGGAAGUUGAUAUUGUGUGGCCGAAGAUGGCGGAAUAUGAGAGCGUCCAAAAGGGUACUCUAAAGCUAAAAGGAGUUGGCGACAUGAGCCUGGGGAAAAAGAAAAAGAAAAAGAACAAAGAUAAUAAUAAGGUAAUGCAAGAGAUGAUCACUAGCAAGAAAAAUGAAGAAGAAAAGAAAAAGGCAGCAAUGGAUAAGAGGACUCCAGCACAACUAGCCUUUGAAAAAAUGCAAGAAAAGAGGCAAAUGGAAAGAAUACUCAAAAAGGCUUCCAAAACACACAAGCAGAGAGUAGAGGACUUUAAUCGACAUUUGGACACACUCACUGAACAUUAUGACAUUCCUAAAGUCAGCUGGACAAAAUGAGUCUCAUUGUUUUUAUUUAUAUGGACAUUAUGUCCUCUUCCUUAUUAUAUAGAAGUGCUUCUCUUUCCCCCUCUCUCUCCACCCCUCCCACCUCCCGGCCCAGAAGAUAAACCUAGCUUCUACUCAACAAGUUCUGUGCAGCAUUUAUGUUAGUGUAAAUAAACUCCUUUUUACAUA